CUAUCUGCCCCCGGUAACUGAGCUUCCGUUGCCGAAUUCCAGGGUCAGACACACACCGGUAACUUCACCACGCCGGACCUGAAAGCUGGAGUUUAAAAGGAGCAUAAGAGAAGACAAACGGCGGUGGACUCGGACCGUAGUGAAAGUUGUUGACUAGUACGCGCCACGUUUGUGAAAUUUACAACUUUUUUUGUCUUUGGGGGAACUCAACAGUUGCCAUUUUUAACAGAUGUGACCCGCCGCUGUCAGACUUGAGCUCCGACAAAGAGACGAGGAAAAGUGAUUCGUCAGCGCGAUAGUUGGGAGUUAGUCACGCACAGUUUCAACACAUUUUUAAAAGGGAGGAUUAAUGACUUAUUCCUCUAUCUCAAGUGAGUGUUCCGCUUUGGACUGACUCACUGGCAGACACUUACAUACACUCAUCCACCCAGACAGCUGCCUGCCUGCCUGUCUGUCUACCCGCCUGCCUGUUCCAUGUCUGCCGGGCCCCAGGGGCGCUUGGAGCAGCUGAACCGGGCCGCCGCUGCAGAUCCCCGGCCCCUGUCAGGUGAAAGGCGUGGCCCUGGGCGGGAGGAGGGGGGAGCUUUGUUCUAACAACACCUGAGUGAGUGUGGGUGAGUAACCUGAGAUCUGGGCUGAGUCGGAGCCCGUGCUGAGGAACUGUCCUGGUGGUUUAUUUCCCUCUGAUUAAAAUCGUUCUGUACCGGAGGAUUUCACGAAACGGGCCCAGGUCACGCGGACACGUUAUGGACCGUAAUGACAGAUCGCACUGUUUCGAGGUUUGACCCUACGGACCGACAACUGGAAACUGGGUCAAAGUGGUUUCAGUACUUAACUGUUUAUUGACCGGUGUGUACACCGAGGCCAUGGCGCUGUCUCAGAUCCAAUGUCUUGACGACCACCACGUCAACUGGCGCGUGAGCGAGAGCAAACCGGAGUUUUUCUACAGCGAAGACCAACGGCUGGCCCUCGAGGCUCUCAUCACUAAGGGCCGCGACGCCUUCACGGACUACACCCGCGAGCAUGGCGUCCGGGAGUUCCUCUCAGAACCGGAGCUGGAGCGGAUCGUGCACACGGCGGAGGCCUACCGGCCCGGGUACGAGCAUCAUCAGAAACCAGAGACGCCGGGCCCGGGCAACCUCACGCCGGGGUCCGGGGAAGAAGCUGGAGACGGUGAGGUGUCGCUCCAGUACUGGCCAGACCGGUCUGAGGCCUCGGUGGCUGAGCUGGACCUGGGCUGGCCUGAGGCCAUCUCUUACCGAGGGGUGACUCGUGUCACCGUGCACACCCAACCUCCAACCGAAGGGUACACGCACAUCAAGGAGGUGGUGCGGAAGACCAUUGCAUCAGCCCAGAAGGUGAUAGCCGUGGUGAUGGAUGUGUUUACAGACGUGGAUAUCUUUCGAGACCUGUUGGAUGCAGGAUACAAACGCAGAGUUCCUGUAUACAUAAUCCUGGACAUUGCUGCAGUCCCCUGCUUUCUUUCCAUGUGUGGAAGAGCUGAUAUGCACCGUGGACACCUAAAGAAUUUGCGUGUGCGCUGCUGCGGAGGUGUGGAGUUCUUCACUCGGUCGGCACAGAAGGUGCGGGGUUCACUGAGCCAGAAGUUUCUCCUGGUAGAUGGAGACAGAGCCAUCUCUGGUUCAUACAGCUUCACCUGGUCCUCCUCUCGUUUGGACCGUAACCUCAUCACUGUGAUCACAGGACAGGCGGUGGAGACGUUUGAUCUGCAGUUUCGUGACCUUUACCUCGUGUCCAGAGGUGUUUCUCUCAACAAGGUUCCCAUGGUAGACGAACCAAUCCCUGACCCGCUCCCUCAGGCGGCUCCUGCUCCCGUUUCAGCUGCCGUUGCCAGGAAGCUCAUUAAUCCCAAAUAUGCCCUGGUUGCCACGGGAAACCACAUAAGUCCAACCUCUUCUGACCAGAACUCCAGCAACAAGAACUCUCAGAAUCCCACAGGACUAAAAAUUAUGAAAGGGCGCCUUAAGGAGGUUAUUGAAGAGCCACCCUUACACCCAGGAUUAGCCAAUCUGGAGAAAGCAUACCUGAUCCCAUAUCUGCCCACCUGGCCAGAGCCAGACCCACCCAGCGAUGUGAUUGGCUUUAUCAACAUCAGGGAUGAGAAGCGGGCCAAUCAGGUUCACCUACAGAGGUCGGAGAGGUUUGAGGUCAGCCAGGCUAUACGCUUCAGCUCACCACUGACAGUACCAGCCCAGACUGAGGAACCUGCUCCAGAUCAGGAAGCAAACACUGCAGGAACAGCCAAAAAUCCCACUGGGAAUACAAGUCCAGACACCCCUACGCCUGUGAGUCCAACCAAGAAGCAGGUCAAAGAGAAAACACACACUGCUCUGAGUAAAGACCAAACUGAUACAACAGAUUCCCCUCAGCAGCCCAACACACCGUCAUCAUCCAACAUUACUGCUGAUUCACAGCCAAUAGAUAGUGCAAAACAAACUCCAGAGACGCAGACUGCAGCACCUCCUGUUCCUAAACGCCGCACAGUGCAGUUAGUCAUCGAGCCUGCUGCUUCAGAGCAACCACAGGUGACUCUGGUAAAGAUGGACCAAUUGGAAAGCCUAGAUGGCUCCUCUAGGCAAAAGAGAACCCGGGAGGAGCAGCUGACGCCAAGCCGUGGCCGCAUAACAUCAACAAACGACGCCAGGGACUCGGGGAGCAAUGACGAAGACAGCCAAGACAGCACCAAGGUCAUCUGUGACCGAGGAGGAAAUGACGAUCCUUCGAGUGCCUCCACGGCAUCAGAGGAGGAGUUCUAUGACUCCCAGCAGGAGCCGAGCGACCCGCUGACAAACGGAGUGACGACGGGUUCAGGUCGUGGGCAUCGCCAAGGAGACGGGUUCAACAUGAUGGCCCGCCUCUCCCAGAGUAUGCUGGACCUGCGGGAGCCCAGCCAAUCAGAGGACAGCGCUGCCCUCAUCCGCCAAUCACAGCAACUCCGCAGACAAGGUCACCCCUCACCACACAGGCACAUAGGACAGUUGUUCCAGACCUCGAGAUCUCCAGGUCGUGACGGCAGACUGCGAGCAAAUAAAGUAAUCAUUGCCAAACCGGGAAGCUUCCACCGCCCAGCCCGAGCAGCAGUCCCCGUGAUAGGGGGACACCGGUACUGGCAGGGCCAAACGCUGCAGCCCGAUUCGACCCAGUUGCGUGCCGAGCCGCGGUCUGGCCGAUCACCACGACGCCACAGCCCAGGACACAGGAAGAUGGAACAGGCCUUGCCACAGCCGCCACCCAACCCGUCAGGGUUACUAGGAGUUUCUUUCUCAAAACUGAACAAUUUUAGACAUUUGAGGGCACGAGGAGGAGUGUCGCAGAAGAAAGUGUCUCAGAAUAACAAGGCUAGCAGAUAGAGCUGCCUCAAGUACACAAGGAUGUUUGUUGAUAAAAACUUCCUGCUAGGAAACUGGUGACUCUUCAAUGUGGAAUCAUUUCUAUCUCUGGCAUGCAUGCAAUUUCCUGUUUUCAAACCCUGAGGCUACAUCAUACACAAACUAUUUAAUUGGGAUUUUUAGACUAUGUCAACAAGGGUUGGCAAUUUGAUUUAAUGGUGUAUUUUAAGAGCUGUUGUCUUUAAAUCUCUUUUCAAACAAAUGCUCCCUGCUUAAGGGCAUCUGACUGGAUGGUGUCAGUAGUGACUGGCUGAUUAUGGAUUUUAGAAGAAGAUACUGUUACCUGGGAGGAAAUGAACUAUGAUAAUAACAUAUCAUCUGUUUGUAUGUUUACAAACAAAUGCAUAAAUACACUUUUUUUUUUUGGCAUGGAUGCCUCAAAUUUUGUUAUAAAUGUGCUAAAAUUGCUACUGGAGGCAGGGUAUUUUGUAGAUGACAAACAAACGCCAUUCUAGAUUUUGUCAGCUGUGAUAUUCUUCUCUGCUGAAUAAGGCACUUCAUCCUUGUAAAGAAUUCUAUGAACAAAUAUUUUGUAAUUUACCUCAGCUUCUUCUCUUUUAAGAAUUUUGUACUGUAACAUUUGUCACAUUCAUGUGCAGACAUGAUGUAUCUGUGACAUGCAAGAUCAGCCAAUGAUGUUUGCCCGCUGUACCACUGUGAUUGGUUACUGAUGGUGCGAGGGUAAGGCUACUGUGUUGAUUGCUUCAGAUAUUAUUGAUUACCUGUGCAGAUGUGUAUGUAAUGUUAAAAAACACUGAUGUGGGACCAAAAGUGAAUGUUGUAAAUAAAAAGACAGAUUGUUGCUCUGUUGAUGCCUCUA